CGACAGAACAUAGAACUUCAAGAAAUGUAUACUUCUGUAUAAAUAUGUUUUACAUGAACGGGUGACGUCACACAAGGUCACCUAAGGCACUCAGGCCACCCAGGUCUCAUCCAAUUCGCCCCAACAACUUUCUUUCCCCACACUUUGCUGGGAUCGCCAGAACGACAGCAUCCAACGCGGUUCAUUUUGGUAUAAUAUAUUGUAAUACCGCUUGAACAAUCUAAAAAGGACACAGGGUGCCGAACACUGUUAGAAGUUGAACUUAACUUGAGGAGCUCCACACAGGAGCCAUACUACUCACUCAACCGUUAUAGCCAUGUUAUCUAUCUCGUUGCCUUCCUUAAAGAACUUCUUGCCAUGGCGCGAUCGAACAUUUAUUGAUAUCCCGCCAGUCAGGAUUCAUGAGAUCGAUACAGCACAAGAGAAGCCGGCUCGGGCUUUGAAACAUUUGCUGAAGCUGAACCAUGCUAACUACUCCGUACUGUACAAUGAGCGGAAGUUCCAUAACCAUGCGCCUCAUAUACUGAGCUCUUCUUUCCUGCAAGGAGCAGAUGCGGAUGACCUAAAUCGUAUCUACGAGGCCGAGUCUAAGCUUUUGGACCCCUGGGUUGAUUCUCCAGGUGAAAUUAGUACUUAUGACUGGAGAGACUACUUGGGCCAUCGAGAAUACCAAAGAGCGUUUGUGGACUUUUUCGAGGACGAGCUUGUCCGUCACGGAUAUGACUGGAAGCAAGUCCUCGCAGAUUAUCUAUUUUCUGGGAAGGAGCCGUUGUUCAAUUCCCUCGUUGAUGAUCUUGGUCACCCUUUAAUCCACCUCGCCUAUGCAUUCGAGGUGUCUAGCCGUGAAGUCGCCAUGGAAGCCCUUGCCCUUGCAGCUACAUGCUAUGGGAAAAUGCAUAAGUAUAUAGACGAUCCUUCUUACUCACAGGCAGAAUCUCUAUACUCUUCCACCUCCCUACUUGACGUUCUAAACAAGGUACGGUCCGACAAACAGUUCAACGGCCUCUUCGGGACCCCAGGCGACAACAACAUGGACACGAUUCUACGUCACCAUGAAGCCGCCCUCCUCAAUCACUGGAAUGCGUGGAAGAUUGAAGAUCCUGUGCAACAAUUCCGCGAAAGCCAGGAGCUCGCCGUGGCGCUUUUAACCGCCACUCAAACUCAAACAUCGGACAAGUAUGACUUUUUCCUCGUCCACACGUUGACAACCAGCCAUGCUGUCCGUAUUCUCCUACCGCUUAUCCCAACACGCUUUCAAUAUGCACUUGUCAGACAGUGGUGGCUUCUGACUCUGGUCGUAUACAUUGCGCAACUAAGACCGGAAGUAAAACUCGAACAGAUUAAGGACUACGACUUGAAAGGAAGAGACUGGAGAUGGACGGCGCAAAAGGCCGUCAAGGGCGAACAUUCGACAGAUGCCCAUUACGUCAAGGCAAUCCGUGCGUGUAAGGAAGCUGCUGCGACAUGGGGAGACCCGGAACAGUACUAUUUAAAAGCGGCUGUCAAGUUCGGUGAGGAGUUCAAUGGUUGGGGAGGAUUCGUUUGAUCAAUGGCAGAUUUGCUCUUGUCAUCUUCGCUCAAAUCGACUUUAAUGGCAUAGUGACAGACGACAUAAUGUACGAUAAGCAUGGUUUUUGGAUAUUGGAAACGUCCGAUUAUGUUUCCUUUCUGAUCAAUUUGUGACAAAUAACAUCUGGAAAAGCAUUGAGUUGGACUUAGAACCAUCAGUGACCCCAUAUUGAGAAUCAGAUAUGAAUCUCUAUUCUACUCACUAGAUAAUAUUGAUCACAAGCUCCAUUUAAAUCCCUACAU